AUGGGGUAUAAAGGAAUAAAUGAUGCAAUUGAUAAAGCUGCAGAAAAUGGUAACUUUGAACAAGUAAAAUACUUGCAUGAAUUAGGGUAUAAAGGAACAAGUUAUGCAAUGGAUAAAGCUGCAGAAAAUGGACACUUUGAAGUAGUAAAAUAUUUACAUGAAUUAGGGUAUAAUUGUGGCAAACACACAAUUAAUUCUACUGUAGAAAAUGAACACUUUGAAAUGUUAAAAUAUUUACAUGAAUUAGGGUAUAAAGGUGAUAAAUAUUCGACAUUUGAUUUAGCUGUUAAAAGUGGACACCUUGAAGUAGUAAAAUACUUGCAUGAAUUAGGGUAUGAAAAUGAAUAUUUGGCAUUUAAUUUAGCUGUUGAAAGUGGAAAUCUUGAAGUAAUUAAAUAUUUACAUGAAUUAGGGUAUAAAGGUGAUAAAUGGGUAACUAAUUAUGCUGUUAAACAUAGAAAUAUUGAAAUUUUUAAAUAUUUACAUGAAUUAGGUGGAAAUCUUGAAGUAAUUAAAUAUUUACAUGAAUUAGGGUAUAAAGGAAAUGAAUGUGCAUUUAAUUGUGCAGUAAAUAAACAGAUAAGAUCACCAUCAGAUAGUAACCUUGAAAUUAUUAAAUAUUUACAUGAAUUAGGGUAUAAAGGUACAGAAUCGUUUUUUAAUUCAGCUGUUAAAAAUGGAUAUAUUUAA